AUGGCGCACUUCUUCAAGCUGCAGGACCAGAUUGACGCGGCCACCAGGGAGUUCUUCGAGAUGACCCAGGCGGCCAGCGACAACAGGCCUAAGGACCUUCCUGAGCUCAAGUCCGCCACGAUGAUUCAGAGCGUGUGGCGCGCGUCGCAGGUCCGCGGCCGCUGGCACUCGGUCGUCCACGCCACCGUGCUGGUGCAGCGGAUCGGCCGCGGGUGGCUGGCGCGGGCACGUACACAGAUGAUGCGCGACGCGAAUCGCAGGCGGCAGAACUUGCGCUUCCAUGAACACUGCGCGACGGUCUUUCAGAAGGUUUACCGCGGCUGGUGGAGCCGAAGGAAUUUGCACGAUUUCUAUGGUCGCAAGGAUUACCUCGCCAAGGUAGAGAAGCGUGGCGAGUACACCGUUGAGUACCUCGCCAAGGAGCGCCAGCAGAGGGCGACGGAAGCCAAGCUGCACGAGGAGGAGCAGAUGCGGCAGGAGUUCGACAGCCUGGCGGGGGAGCUGCACCACCUGGUGAGCACCAAGACCAUCGCAGGGGUUUACAACCCGCCUUACAGUGACGUGCUGCCGUCGGCCUUCGACAGGCCCAUCGAGCAGCACUUGCGCGACUGCUGCACGGUGCAGGUGCCGAGGUCUCUCAGGAGGCCGAAGCACAAGGUGCUGGGUGCCUCUCCCAGGCACGACCCGGGCGCGAGCGCGAACGGCAUCACGCAGGCGGAGGUGCGGGCGCUGUCCGGCAGCAAGUACGGGCCGCCACAGGACCCGAGCUGGGGGACCGCAAGCCGAACCAGGCCUCCAGGUCCGCCAACGUGGGGCGGAUGCAGAAGAUCCAGGGGCCGUUCCGCUCCAGGGAGAGCAGAUCGAGACCGCGAAUGCCAAGGCGCACACUAUCUACGGCUCCAUACAGGCCGGCACCAGCUACCACGUGAUCGAGGACGACAUGAAGAUGCACAAGAGGCUCGACAAGCUGACGAACGUGUCUCCGAUCGACUUCAUGGCCCCCGGGGUGCCAAGGACGAUGAUGCCGCCCACGAGCGUGCACGUCAACCUGCCGCAGCACGACAGGCCGCUGGAGAUGAGGUCCGACUACCUGGAGCUGCCGAAGAUCAGGGACAAGCCACCCUUCUUCACUGCCAUGGGCGGUGGCAAGCCCUUCGCGGACUGUACGCCGACACCUCCCUGCUCCCCAGCGGGCACGUCUAGGGCCGGCCUCGCGGAGGGGUGGCGGGCGGCGCCCGUGCAGCUGCCCUCGGCUGCGCAUGGGAAGGACCCUUCUCGCAGCCUUCGCCGGAGCGGCCUUUUGGUGCGGGCCCGUCGAGCCCCCCCGUCGAUCGUUGAGAGCAGCAGCAGGAACAGGAGUGCGAACAGGUUCAGACGUCUCACCGCUGCCAGAAGGGUGGCAGCACGGUCAGGCCUGGCCAGCCCCGAAGGGGUCGCCGGCAAACUUGUUCUGGCGGGAUGCUCGGGGCGGCCCAAGCUUGGCACGGCCCGGCGCUCCGCGACUGCUGCCGCCCCCGGUGGUGCGCUCGCGCGCCGGUUGCGGCGAAAGCAUGGGCCUCAUCCUUGCCGUUCCUGGCCAUCCUGCGCCCCUCCCUCCGAAGUGAGGAGGGUCCAGGUCUUUGGACGAGGAGGAGGAGAAGAUUUUGCAGGCGCUUUUGCGGUCACGAGGCGAAGAGGCACGAUGUUGCCAUCCGGCCAUCCGGGUUCUGUCAUUCCCGCGACGAGCCUCGCCGUCGCUCAUUCCCCAGAGGACCACCCU